AUGACCAAGACCAUUGAAGAAGCUUAUAGCGAUUACACUCUGGUGGAAGAAUCGUCUCAUGAGGCUUUGAAGGAAAGAAUAAGCCAAAAAGCAAGAGACCUUCUUCCACGGUAUAUGGAACCUGUUCCCCUUGAUUUUGCAGUCCAUAACUACGAAAGCUUGAUGAGGACAUCUUACGAUGCCGGCACGGGUAUUGGUUUGACAAAUGUUGCACUCCAGGCAUUCACAGAUACUAAAGAGUCCUCAAGAGGUGGACUUGGCUCUAAGAUCGACAUUAUCAUCGUAAAGGGCACUGUACCACGGACUCAUGUUGGUCUUCUUCUAGAGACCAACAUCGAAGUUCAAAACACUAUCUACACAAACAAAAAGAGUAAGAAGUCGCAGGAGAUGGAUUCUCAUGGCAUUUGCUUUGCCAUCUUACCCAACACCGGGGCUGGCAAUGUCUGGCGCAGGUUGAGCUAUCGCGGCAACCGCAACAGGGGUUUUUGCAACUCUAUUGAACUGCCUGAUAAUAUCUCACCGCUUGGUGUCACUGGAGAAUUUGUGCGUAGAAUUUUGCUUGGCUCAGUAAAUUCAACUAUUGAGUAG